AGCUUAUCCUUAGCAACAUCAACGUCAGUGAAGUGAACGUCAGCUGUGCUACGACUGCGUAUAUUGUUAUUGUUUUCUUUUACCAAAGUACGAUAAAUUAUUAUAAAAAUGAAAAAUUUUCCCGUGUUUGUGUUCCCUAUUUCUCUAGAAUUUUAUUUGAACGCCAGACAUACACAUAAACAAUUGCUCACAGUUUAUAAUCCAUACGAUUUCUCUGUGAAUUUUAAAGUAUUAUGUACAUCGCCAAACAAAUUUACCGUCAUCGAUCCAGAAGGAGUGAUAGCCCCUCAAAGUUGUAUAGACAUUGUUGUGCGAUAUACACAGCCAUCGGCCUCCCACUGCGAUGCUGUUGAAAAAUUCAGAAUAACAAUGUACGACAGAAACACUCAACAGGCAUUGGGAAAAAGGGAUAUUCCUACAAAAUUAAUGGAAGGUGAACCAUCAAGCACAAACCAAGAGAGUUUUGGUGAAAAUUUCCAUCCUCUUGUAUCCAGAGCUGCUUCUAUAAGGGCCACGGAAGACCACAGUCGAGUAGCCUGUGCCCAUCCUACACACCUUAGAGAUCAUCAACCAGUGAAUAUAGUGGCAGUAGCAGUAAGCGUAUGCUGCAUAGUCGCAUUAUUAUUACCAACACAACCAGAACAGGUUGUAAAAUCCCAAUGGCCUGAAUGGCUUCACAUCGGUUCAAAUUUGAAAUUAGUGUUCUCAUUUGUGCUAGGGUUAGUUAGCAUGCUUGUGUUAAGACCUUAAUUUUUAUUAAGACAUAACAAAUAUCUGCUGUAAAUUUUUGCUGUGCAUGUUACCCUUUACUAUAUCCAAAUGGAUAAAAAAUAUAUACUAUUAAAUCUCAAUAUGCAAAUAUUCUGUAUACAUAAUAAUGAAACAGGGUUUUGAACCACAUUAGAAGGCUGCUAUCUGUAAAUAAAGCUCUCAUACAUUUACUUCUAUGUACAUAAGUAUUAUUUUAUUUUUUAUUGUUUUAAAAACGAUUGAACACAUCUGUAUGUUUUUUACAAGUAAGGAAAUUUGGCAUUUAAUUUUUAUUAUUAUGUGGUGAUUUUGAUGAAUAUAAUGAUUGUUUUUAAGGUGCUUCUGCAGCUGGAAUGGUGUGAUAUAUUAUUUAUAAUGAUAAUUUUAAUUGUGUAGUUUAAUGGUCAUCUUAGAUGAACACUUACAAUAAGAAUGGACUUGCAUCACCAACACUUGCAAUAUAUACAUAUGUUUUUUUUUAUUAUAUUGGCUUGAUAAAACUGCGUCACUUGAAUCCGAGUGAAAUAUAGUAAAUAAUUAGUAUUUGUUUUCAACUAUAACGCUAAAAGUAGUUUAAAAUACAAAUUGUUGUAUAAAUUAAGUGCUGCCAGUCAAAAUGCUUGUUUAUUAUAAUAUUUAAGAGUAAAUUCUUUGUAAUUGGGGUCCAUGGGUCCAUGUGCUGUGAGAAAAUGUUCAUGCCAAAUAUACAUAAAUAAAACAACCACAAAUA